UGGGCGGAUUUUUUUUCUUUCGUCCACCUCCUCUGGGCUGUCUCAGAGAGUCAGGUCCUCGGUUGGAUAUCACAGCGCAGGUAGAAGCUCACACGAGGCUGGGAACCUGCGAGCCUACCAGCUUAUCUCGUUAUAAUUAUAGAAAAGCGACCUGAUUUCAGCACCGCAGCUACUUAACAGCUCCAGCACAGUGAAUUUUAAACCUCCUUUAGCGCCACCAGAGGCACAGGCGCUGCACAGGACAACGCUGUAGUCGCAGAAUAAGCACCAGCUGGUCCAAGCGGAGCUGUCCACACAAUCAGGUUUUUUUUCUCCGUCGCUUUUAAGAUAUACUUUAAGAUAUCUAGGAGAAAGUUAUUACCAGGAGCUUAUCUCCUGGUUAAGACCAUCAACUAGUGACUGCAGUUUCUUUAAGGAUGGCGUCAAAGUGCUUGGGAAUUUUCGUCUUCAUCCAGAUUUUCGCCCUAACUAUAUGCCACAUUAAAGCUUUUCCCACACCUGCCGCGGCAGAUGAUGAAACUACUUACAACAGACAACUGAGUAAGGAAAGACCCCUGCAGGAGCAGAUUGCAGAAGCAGACAGCAUCGACAAAGCGGAGGCCACAGACAAGAAGCAAGAAUAUAAACCAAGAGAAUCAGAAACAGAGCCAGACAAUGACGAUUUCAGUCUGCUGAAGUCCCUAGCAGAGCGAUCGAAGGAUUCUGACAAUGAGACACCUAGCGCCGAGGCGCUUGACAAUCAGUAUUACCCAGACGAAUCAGAUUCAACCAAGAACAGAAGGCUGUCGGAGGACUAUGAUUCUACCAAGAAUGGCAUGGACUACAAGUACCAAGAUGACCCAGAUAGUUUCCACCAGCUGGAUGGAACUCCAUUGACUGCGGAGGACAUCGUUCAGAAAAUCGCUACCAAAAUCUAUGAGGAGGAUGACAGACGGGUUUUCGACCGGAUCGUGUCCAAGCUGUUAAAACUGGGACUGAUCACUGAUAACCAGGCUGACACUCUCGAGUAUGAGGUAGCCGAGGCACUGCAGGACAUCAUUACCAAGAAUGCCAAGAACAACGAGGUCGAGGACCUCAGCAUGGACUACCCCGUCUCCAGGGCUGACGAUGUUGAGCAGAGCCCAGAUGAGAGCAUGGAAGUGGCAGAGAAGGCAGGCAGGAAGUACGAGGACGACGAGGCUGACGAGGACAGUGACGAUACGGUGGACAGCACGUGGGACUCUGCCAGCACAGUGGACCGCCGGAACGACCUGAGCCCUGAGGAUGGGAUGGAAGAUCUGGAGUACUUCCCCAACUUCUACAGCCUCCUCAAGAGCCUCAACUCAGAGGAAGAUGCCGAGGAAAGAGAAACUCUGAUCACCAUCAUGAAAACCCUGAUUGACUUUGUGAAGAUGAUGGUCAAAUAUGGCACGAUCACCCCCGAAGAAGGAGUCUCUUAUCUGGAAAAUCUGGAUGCCAUGAUCGCUCUGCAGACAAAGAACAAACUGGGAAAGUCACUGACGCCUGACAGCAAGCCCGCAGAGAAACCCACAGAUGAGGAGGACAACACAAAGGAGGAAGCCGCCAAGAUGCAGAGGGAGUACGAAUCACUGAAGGACACCACCAAGGAUGACCAGACGGUCACAGAAUCUGGUCCGUCAGGGAAAUCACAGGCCUAUUUGGAGGCCAUCAGGAAGAAUAUUGAGUGGCUGAAAACACACGACAAGACCAGCAACACAGGGGAGUACGACAUUUCCAAACUGAGGGACUUCAUGGACCAGCAGGUGGACUCCUACAUUGACAAGGGGAUUCUGGAGAAGGACGAAGGGGAGAUCAUUAAGAGGAUCUACGGCAGCCUCUAGACAUGUCACUCCUAAUGAAAAUGCAGUAAACCAGAUAAAAUUAGAUAUGUAGUGAAAAAAAGAACCUAAGCAAAUAUAUUGCAUCUCACACUUUCCAAUGGCCUACCCCAAUACAGUUACACUGUUGUCUAAAAUUCAGAGAGAGCUCUGCAGUGCUAAAGGAUACCCUUUCAGAAGCAAUACCCUGUCAAUGGCAGCAAUAGGGAAAUUCCGUUGAAUGAUCCGAUAAGCACCGUGUCAUAGUAAUGUGCUACCCACACACAUACACACAAAGGGAACAGAAAUAAGUCUUUUUUCCACUGGCUGUAUAAAAAUAAACAGCGAUCAUAAUAAUCUGAAGGUUUAACCCUAAAAUACGGAAGUGGAAAGACUUGCAAAUUGCUUGAUUAGAGCAUAGAUGACAGACUAGCUUUCGCAUCUUCUACUGUGCAAUAGACUUUUACUUAAAAAUCCUUCAACAAUCUGAAUGUAUUCAUUAUAAUGUAACCUGUCCUAGAGUGUAUAAUUACGACUGUUUUCUCCUGUGUAAGUGGUCAACCUGUUGUACUAAAGCUUUUGAUUCUGCCAAAAAAAAAAAAAAAAAAUCAUUGUCAUUCAACAUGACUUAUUUGUUUCCAUUUGAGCAGGGAUAGGCAGCUACGGUGCUUGAGUGUUGAUCUGCCUGCUGGUUUCAGUUCUGCCCCAUGUCUUUACUUCAGGCAAAUAGUAACAUCAGCAGCCGCCUCAGCCUAGGUGGCAGGUCUAAAUCUAAGGUAACACUGAAACCUGCAGGCCUCCAGCACUUGAAGACUGUUGACUGCCUGUCCCCACAUCAGACUGUCAUGAAGAGGGGGAGGGGCUGCCCAUUUCACCUCGAUUCUGUUCUUCUGACCUGGCUCUUUUCCUUUCCUCACUCUGUCUGAAUGUGUCAGAAAUACUGAAUGUCCAUCGGGAUGUUGGGGAAAACAAG